AUGUCCACAACGCCCUACUUGAUUACUGAUUCCUCUGCUGAAUCUUCUUCUGAAGAUAUUCAACAUUCCUUUCAGGCAACAAAUUUUGACCAUACUGAAAAUUAUAUAAAUCUCAAAGGUCCUAUCAAUUCGAGUUCUAAAAAUUCUAAUAAACAUGAUUGUCAUGAGCAUUCUGCUAAAAUUGGUCGCUCUAAGGAAAAACGCUUAAGAAUUAGAAGAAAGCUUGACCUGGUUUGUGAAUAUAUUGAUGAAUUAAGUGAUGAACUUAGCGACGAAGCCUUUAAAAUUUGCAAAAUAUGCAAAAGUAAAUGGGCUGAAGGAACAUCAAUUUCAACUGUAAAACGUCACUUUCAAAAAAAACAUCCACUUAUCUUUAAAGGUCUUCAAAAAGACUCAA